UAUGAGAUGAAACAGGAACAAGACUUUCUUAGAGUUCCUUCACUGUCGAUCAGAUUUGGAACAGAGAGGACAACGCAACUACCAAGUACCUAGAUUGAUAUCAUUUCUCUAUCCCGAAACAAACAAAAAAUGUCAUCAUCCUCUCACAGCAAAAAAGUGCCUCGUCAAGAGCGCUUUUCUGGAAGCGACAUGGACGACGGGCAUUUUUGCUCGGCUACAUCAGGUGCUUCAGCC